AUCGCCGUUAUCGAGAAGGAGUAUGUCGCACCAACGCCACUGCCCACCCAAAAGCGUGCUCGCAUGUAUGGCGGCACACCUAUCACCGCCGACCGAUUGAUGAAGCCUUUCAAAUGCCCUGGGUCUGCAACACCCACGAGAGCCUCGGAGAAACCUGCCCGCAAGCGAAGAAAGGUCAACUACGGAGGUGCCGAUGGCGAGGCCGACGACGCCGACAAGCCCUACAGCAAUGAAGACCGACUCGCCCUUGCUACUCGAGAUGUCAACCGCUUCCCCGUUUUCAAGCCCAAGGACAAAGACCAAUCGAUACGUCAACGCUUCUCGGUACCUUUCCUUAACAAGGAUCCUUCCGCCUACAAUUCGUCUCGCNCCCCGCCUCUCCUUGGACUGCGACAAGGCGCAGUUUUCGUUGCGAAACCACUCCACGAUCCCAGUGGGGAGUUUGCCAUUGUUCUUUACGAUCCCACCGUCGACGACAAACCUGCGAAAUCAAUAGAAGAUGCAUCCGAGGAAAAGACAGAAGAGCCCAAGGAGAAGGUGGACGAACCAAUCAUGCACAAGAGCUUAGCAGAUAUUCUAGGACUGAAGAAGAAGGUCGUUGAUGAGCGUCCUCGGGUUCCUGUUGUCAUUGAUCCCAGGUUAGCCAAGGUGUUGCGUCCUCAUCAAGUCGAGGGUGUCAAGUGCAUUGCCCUCAUGUGGACGCUUUUAAAGCAAUCACCGGACGCCGGUAAGCCGACAAUCAACAAAGCCAUCAUUGUUUGUCCCUCGAGUUUGGUUCGCAAUUGGGCCAACGAGCUGGUCAAAUGGCUAGGCAAGGAUGCCAUCAACCCCUUUGCUAUCGAUGGCAAGGCCACCAAGGACGAGCUAAUCCAGCAAAUUCGACAGUGGUCAAUUGCAUCAGGUCGUGCCAUCAUUCGCCCUGUCAUUAUCGUAUCUUACGACACGCUGAGACUCUACGUGGACGAGUUUAGAGAAACGCCCAUUGGACUCUUGCUCUGUGACGAAGGUCACAAGUUGAAGAACGCCGACAGUCAGACUUUCAUGGCUUUGAAUGGUCUCAACGUUCAGAAGCGAGUUAUCUUGUCCGGCACACCCAUCCAGAACGAUCUUACUGAAUACUUCUCGCUACUCAACUUUGCCAAUCCCAACUACCUUGGAACGAGAAUGGACUUCCGCAAGAAGUUCGAGCUUCCUAUAUUGCGCGGUCGCGAUGCAGGUGGUUCCGAUGCCGACCGCAAGAAGGGUGACGAGCGACUGAGUGAGCUCUUGACCUUAGUUAACAAGUUCAUAAUCCGCCGCACCAACGAUAUCCUGAGCAAGUACUUGCCCAUCAAGUACGAGCAUGUCGUUUUCUGCAACAUGGCACCUUUCCAGAAGGAUCUCUACAACCAUUUCCUGCAGUCUCCUGACAUCAAGAGUUUGUUGAAGGGUAAAGGCAGUCAACCUCUCAAGGCUAUUGGCUUGCUCAAANAACUUUGCAACCACCCUGAUUUACUGAAUCUUCCGGAAGACUUGCCUGGUUGCGAAAACACUUUCCCCUCGGACUUUGUACCCAAGGAUGCCCGUGGUCGUGACAGAGAUGUCAAGUCAUGGUACUCGGGCAAGAUGCAAGUGCUCGAUCGCAUGCUUGCACGAAUCAGAACCGAGACCAACGACAAGAUUGUCUUGAUUUCGAACUACACGCAGACUCUCGACGUCUUUGAGAAGCUCUGUCGUGCAAGAAACUACGGCAGUCUAAGACUCGACGGCACCAUGACUGUCAACAAGCGCGCAAAGCUGGUGGAUAAGUUCAACGACCCUGAAGGCAAUGAAUUCAUCUUCCUGUUGUCUUCCAAGGCAGGUGGAUGUGGUCUCAACUUGAUUGGUGCCAAUCGUCUCGUGCUAUUCGACCCUGAUUGGAACCCAGCAGCAGAUCAACAGGCACUUGCACGUGUCUGGCGUGAUGGACAGAAGAAGGACUGCUUCGUGUACCGCUUCAUCGCAACUGGAACGAUCGAGGAGAAGAUCUUCCAGAGACAAUCCCACAAGCAGUCACUGUCAUCAUGUGUCGUGGAUUCGGCAGAGGAUGUGGAAAGACAUUUCUCGCUGGACAGUCUUCGUGAGCUCUUUCAGUACCGACCCGACACGACAAGUGAUACGCACGACACGAUCAAGUGUAAGCGUUGCAAGGAGGGCAAGCAGUUCAUCAAGGCGCCAGCAAUGCUCUAUGGUGAUACCAGCACGUGGAACCACUUUACCAACGAUGGCGAGCAGGGAGCAUUGGGCAAGAUCCAAGAUCUUCUGCUCAGACAGGAGUGCUCAGAGGACGCA